AUGUCCGGUCCUCAGGUUUAUUUCGACAUCGAGUGGGAGGGUCCCCAUUACGACCCCAACGCCGGCAGGGCUACUGGCAACCCCGAGCCCCAGUCCGGCCGCGUCACCUUCAACCUGUUCUAUGACGUCGUUCCCAAGACUGCUGAGAACUUCCGUGCUCUCUGCACCGGCGAGAAGGGCUUUGGCUACCAGGGCUCUUCCUUCCACCGUGUCAUCCCCGAGUUCAUGCUCCAGGGUGGUGACUUCACCCGUGGUAAUGGCACCGGUGGCAAGUCCAUCUAUGGCGAGAAGUUCCCCGAUGAGAACUUCCAGCUGAAGCACGACAAGCCCGGUCUGCUCUCCAUGGCCAACGCCGGCCCCAACACCAACGGCUCCCAGUUCUUCAUCACCACCGUCGUCACCUCGUGGCUGAACGGCCGCCACGUCGUCUUCGGUGAGGUCGCCGACCAGGCCUCCCUGAACAUCGUCAAGGCCAUCGAGGCCACCGGCUCCCAGAGCGGCACCAUCCGCUACGGCAAGCGUCCCACUAUCGUCAAGAGCGGUGCCCUGUAA